GUCACAACCAUGCGGACAUCCUUGCAUGCUGGUUCCAAGGAGCGCCCCGGGCCGAAAGGUAUGGCCCAACACGAUUGGGGUGACGUUGACUUCUAGUACAUGCCCAUCAUGAACACAUACCCUCAAAAACAAUCCGCUGGCAGGAAACCAAUCUUUUUCAUUGCAGCAAUCACUGCCGCGGUCGUAUUUCUCGGCUACACCUGGUUCUUCAAGCCAUCCGCGGCCCCAAUCGUCCAAAAGGCGGUAGUAGUGCUCAAGGGCGACUCGCCAGUCGCUGGCACUAUUACAUUUGAGCAGUCCUCAGCAGAUGGACCAGUCAAGAUCUCAGGAGAAAUCAACAAUCUCGAUCCUUCUUCUCAGCGUGGCUUCCAUAUCCACUCUCUGGGAGACCUCAGCAAAGGCUGUCUCUCCACGGGGUCGCACUACAACCCAUAUGACAAAACCCAUGGUGCUCCCACAGACUCUGUCAGGCAUGUUGGUGACCUAGGAAACAUCGAGAGCGACGAAUAUGGGACAGCCACCCUUUCCUUCAAGGAUAGUUUAAUUUCCUUGAAUGGCCCUUUGAGCAUAGUAGGACGGGCUGUCGUCGUUCAUGCGGGCACUGACGAUUUGGGGCAAGGCGAUAAUGAAGAGUCUCUCAAGACCGGAAAUGCAGGUGGACGAACAGCCUGCGGUGUCAUCGGUCUCGUAUAAAUCAUUUUUUCGCGUUAUCUUGCGCUUGUUGUUGUAUCAAAAUAUGUCGCCCGUUUCUCAAUUUAUAUGUCCUUGCUUGAGUUGCGUGGUCCCUGGAAGAUGAGCUCAUUUGGCUGGCAAACUGCGGAUCGAUACAGCU